GUCCUGCGCGCUAAUCGCUAUCCCGCCGCUAUCUGCGCUAGUAUUCGCUCGUGCAUCGCUCGGACCGGUUUUGCAUGAAUAUCAAGAACUGUCGAAUGCUUCCGAGUUCGGGGAGAGAAAAAACGGAGCGAUUUUUAUCGGAAAAAAUAGGCCGAAUAGAAGAACGGAAGAAUACGGCAGAAAAAAUGAGGGACGAAGUGAAAAUGGACGCGAAUCGCUUGAUAGCUGAAGUUUACAAGAGACCGGCCCUCUGGAACCAAAGACACAUUUCCUACCAUAACCGCGAAGUAACUAACCGCGUUUGGAUGGAAAUUGCCACGAUUUUUAAGCUUCCACAACCAGUCCUUAAGGCGAAAUGGAAGGGACUGAGAGACACUUUCCGAGCAGAAUUGAAGAAAGAACAAGUGUACCGAAAGAGUAAAUACCAUAGAAAUCGUCCGGUGUGGAUACAUUACAAGAAUCUUCAAUUUCUGAAGGAACAAAUGUUACCACGACCGCCAAUUUGGGAAAGAAAUAGGCGCGAAAACGUCGAGGAAACCGAUACGAGUGAGAAUGAAAAUCUAUUGCAAGAGGAUACCCAAGAGGCACUCUCCGAGCACGUCAUGUCUAUAGACGGAAACGACUCUGGUAAAGUGGAUUCUGUAAACCAAGUCGAGGUCAAGCAAGAGCCAGAAGAGAAUUUUGAAAAUCUUGAAUUUCAAAGUGUCUCGGAAAAUUUCGCUGACAACGAAAUGAUGCUCCAAAAUAUUUCUCCUGAACAAGUCCUGAUGGGUGGGUCAGAUUCGAAUAUCAGUUUGACCGUUGAUCCGUUAGAAGCAAGUCGAUGCGAUGAUAAUUACUAUUUUUUAAUGAGCCUACUUCCCCACAUUCGAACUCUACCCGCGGAAAAAAGAAUGUGGCUGCGAAUCCAAAUGCAGGAAUUGGUGUAUAAAGAGGUUUAUAAAAAAAGCAAUGCUGAUGGAGCGGAAGUGACCAAAAGUUCGUGAAUAUUGUUAUAAUUUAAGGAACAAAAACUUUUUUCAUUAAUGUACAUUUUUCACUUUGUAUUUAAAUUAUAGUAUUAGUUCUAAGUCAUGCAUUUCAACGAGUUUUAAUGCAACUCUAUUUUAUUAUUGUAAUAUAAUUAUUCAAAGUAUUAAAAACCUGAUCUCUCAUACAUCUUUAACAAGAUGUUAUAAACGAGUUUCAUCAUUCGAAUUCCAAUGUUACCUGUAAUAUUUUAUGCUUUAACUCGAAACAUAGAAAGAUACAUAAAACGUUUUUUCUAAAUUGGACGGGCAUUAUAAUAUAAAUUAUUGAAAAUACUGUAAUACUGAAGGUACAAUAAGAGUUCGGUUUUCGGAAACUUUCCGAAAAAAUCUCUGGAAUUUCUGAAACAGUAGUUACUCUAUGGUGGAAAUGUAUAACGUGCAACAAUUUAAAGAGCUCAAGCAUAGAAAUAAACAGUAAUUCAAAAGUCACGCGACUCUAGCCGUGAAUAAAAUGUUUUUUUGCAGUUUUGAUGCAAACGUAUAAAUCACACAUGGGCGACCUUUAGCCGCCUGUGUGUAGGCAACUAUUUUCACUGAUGGAAUCUUCUACAUGCAUGGCGAAUAAGAACAUCCAAAAUCUGUUACCAGGCUUAUGCAUUACGAUAAAUAUGUCCUAUACAGCUAUUCCAGAAAAAAUAACCUAGCAAUUGCGCGAACUUGAUGCAUGAAGUAUCCC